UGCAAAAUGCCAGGUAUUUCCUAGCAAAGACUGUAAGAACGAUCAAGCCACUAUGCAGCUAAUGAAGGGAGCAGCAGUGACAGCAGGCCGUGAGGGGUGAAAAUAAAGAGGAGGUAAUAGCUGAGUAGAAAGGGAUGUUUACUUGUGAUAGAGCAUUGCCUUUCCAGAAGACAUGCUUGUAUUUUACAGUUUACCUUCUGCUUGUUGCAUGGGUCGGUCAGAUGUGACCGUUUGUGUCUGAAGUUGGCACCUUUACCCUUCGCAUCCCGACUUGAACUCUGGGCAGGGGAUGGAAACAAACGUUUGCCCCAGAUUUCCUAUUUGCAAAUGGACUUUCAUGGCUGCUCAUUUCUGUAGCUGUGUCUCAGCUGCCGGGUUGGGUGGGUGGCUAGCAGCAACAUCAGCAGCUCUUUCCACCCUCUUUUUGACUCAGCUCGCGAGCACAACGGAGAGCAGCCUGCUCCCGCUUCGCUGGUGCCUCACCAAGUCUGUGAUAAUGUGAAAUGGUACCUUAUCAACCUGAGUGACAAAAUCAAACGUGACUUCUUUUUCUCCUGCAGACAGGGCUGCUGCAGAGGGGAGCUGAGUGCUUUGCUCCCUGUGCAGCCUUGCCAGAUAGGUUUACACAGACUCCUUGUAGGCACAGCGGGUGUGUGGGUGUUGCUGAGGGUAGAUGUACAGAGUGGCUGUCACUACAUGAAAGGGAGAGAAGCCGGUGUGACUGUCACAUCCCAGACUGAGUUUGCAGAGCUGUAAAUUGAGUAAAACAGCCUCUGCUUGUCACUUGGGUCUGUCUUGGUGAGAGGGUGCAGAGGCAGCAACCGGGGGCUUGAGGCCGUUUCACUGCAACAGGGUUGUGCUCCGAGAUCACCUUGUCGGAGCAAGGGAGGCAAUGGGAAAUGGUCGCUUUCCUUCCUUCUUGUUUUUCAUUUUUCUUUCUCGUGCUGCGUAGCCAGGAGAGAUCAAGGGAGCAAGCUUGCAGAGGGGGAAGCUCAGUUGCUCUGCAGUGUCCCCCCCUAGAGACGCUGGCUGAGCGUGGAGGGGCUCUGCCCUGGGGGCUCUUGCAGAAGCGGGACCUGAUGCGUUCCCAGCGAUGGGAUGCUCAGUGGGCAGCACUGGCAGCUUGCAGCCCUUCCACGAGGAGGGUGGGCUCUGCAGGCUGGAGGAACAAAGGGACGUUUUCCACUUUCUUCCUCUCUUUCAUUAGCCAGGCAGAGACCGAUUCAAUUAGGUGCAAAACAAAAUGCCAGGAAAAGGAUGUUUGCUAUACUGAGUGGUGCUGCUGUCGCAAACCUGCUUGCCUAUCUCUUGCAGCCUUUUGUUCUGCUUCUUCCACAGAUAAAGUGAUUCAGAGCUUCUGACAUGCUGCUCUGAGAGCGGGAAGUCCCCAGGGUUAGCUGGAGAGAAGCGAGGAGCGGGGUGGUUUGGCAGGAGAGAGGCUUCCCUGAGCUAAAUCCUGUGAGCUGGUGACAGUCCUUGGCGCCUGCCGCCUUCAGCUGGCAUCUCGAGUGCCGGCUGGGUCUUGGGAUCAGGCCUUUUGUAACAACGAGGUUUUUAAGAAGACGAUGAACCUGUGUACUAGCUGGAAAAGAGCUGCUGUUGUGCACUGCAAACGGACAGGCUGUUGUUGUCCCAGAUCAGUCCUGGUGUGGCAGGAGCCGGCUUGUCUCAGGUGAGGUCUCAUGGCUGAGCGGGUCUGCACCCUGGAUCUUCUCCUGAGGACAAAAUGUGUCCCAGCAGGGACAGGCUCUCUGCCAUACCAGUGUGGACGUCGUGUGCCCCUGGUGACUCCCAGUAGCUGGUUUGCAGCUCUGGGAGGACAGGCAAGGAGCGAGAGCCCGGAUGACGCUGGGCUGGUGUUCCCUCUGUUCUCGGGAGCUCCCCUUUCAGGUGCAGUGAAUCCUUCUGGCUUGCUUCGCGAGCAGCCACCUCCAGGUCCUCCCUUUGACCUUCUCCCUGGGUCUGCAGAAGCGCCACACUCCCAGCUCACGUGGAGAAGCCCAGCUGGAGCUGCCUUGGCCUCUCGCCCUCGGGGCAGUGACUCCCGAAGGUGUCGGCAGUCCCCUUCCCAAGAAAAUGGGCUGAAGCACGAGCAAGCAGCCAGCUGUGGGCUCCAGAUGAGCAAGAAGCUGAUCACUCCCCUCUGUUCCAAUCUCCCUGUUGAACCCGCCGCUCUCGGUGACCCGUGCUGUGAUCCUCAAGCUCUGGAGCUCAUAGCUGGGUUUCGUCUUGCUUUUAUCCUCUGGAUUUGGCUUAAAAAUAUAGAAAGAUUGGCAGGCUGGCCAUCCAUAUGGGAGACUAGUGAGAGUGCUGUAGCGAAGCACUGCUUUCUGGUGAGAAAAGUGCAGGCAGUGAAAUGGCAAACGGCACGUUUGGCCUCAUGGGGGGAUUUGGAGCAGGUUGAGCAAUGCUGUUCAUUUAAGCAACUCAAAACUGGUAUUGUUGUGUAAGGGGGAAG